AUGACUUCACACUCUGAAAUGGUCGUCGAUAAUGAAAUGGUUCCGUCAUCCUCUUCAUCAUCAUCAUCAACAAAUUCAACGACAAAUAAUACUUCCUCUCUUCCUCUCAUAAAAGAAGGAGAUACCAUUCUCAUUAAAUUAAACAAUGGCUCCAUGAUUUUACAACAACACGUAAAACCCGAAACACAACUCAAACUCGGAAAGAAACAAACCCUUGCAUUGAAACAUUUAAUCGGUCAGCCCUAUUAUGCAUAUUAUGAAGUAAUAGGUCCAUCAUCCGACUCAACAACAAAUGGAGAUACUCCAUCGGUAAAAAACAACAAGAAGAACAAAUCAUUCUCCUCUGUUGUCAUCAAACGUAUGCUGUAUGAUCCUGAUAAAGAAGAAGCCUUGACCUUUGAGCCAGGUGAUGAUGAACAACCAGCUGAAGAACAACAGGAGGAUGAGGAGGAAAAACUAAAUAGAUUAAUUGAUAACAACAAAUCUCAAACUUUGACACAAGACCAAAUUUUAGAAUUGAAAAAACAAGGCGUAGAAGGAAAGGAAAUUAUUAACAAAUUAAUUGAAGGAAGCAAAUCAUUUCAAGUUAGGUCACAAUUCUCUCAACAAAAAUACCUCAAAAGAAAGAAGAAGAAAUAUCUCAACUACUUUAGAGUUAUUGAUCCAUCGGCAUAUGAUAUUUGUGAUUUCUACUUUGCCAAGAAUCCAGAAAAAAUUAGUCACAUGCGAGUUGAUGGCUUGGCACAACUUUUGACACUAGGUUCUGUGUUCCCAAAUAGAAAAGUCAUGAUCAUGGAGACAUGCAUGGGUUUGGUGACUGCUGCUGUUUUUGAAAGGAUUGGACAGUAUGGUGAAAUUAUUCGAGUAUGUCCUGAUGACAUGAUAGGAAAACAUGUUCAUGCAGUGACCUAUCUCAAUAUCCAUAAAGGUGUUGCCUCUUCAGUGAUUAAGGACGUUUCCUUUGGCAAAUUAGCUACUGCCAGAAAUUCAGAUUCAAAUGAAAUGCAAGAUGAAGCUGUUGUGAGUGAGGAAUAUUUGGUAGAUUGUUUAUUGAUUGCUACUAAUCAAUUCGAUCCAAAGUCUGUGAUUUCACACUUGUAUCCCUUUUUAAGAGAAUCAGGAACAUUUGCUAUUUAUUCUUCCUACAAAGAAUGUCUUGAGGAAUGCCACAACAAACUAAAGGAAGAUAGAGCGGCAGUGUUGGUUCAAUUGACCGAGACAUGGAUGAGAGAAUAUCAAGUAUUACCAAAGAGAACUCAUCCAAUGAUGACAACAUCAAGCUCGAGUGGUUACGUUCUUUCAGGUAUUAAAACCUUCAUCUAA